AUGCUGGAGAUCCUGGCGUUUGUGCUGGUGCAGGUGCCGCCCCCAGUGCCUGGAGCGCCCCGGCCCCGCUUCUCGCUCUACCUGUCAGCCCAGCUACAGUAUGGCGUGGUGUGCGUCUACAGCCGCCAGUGCCACUACCUGAUUGAAGAGAUCCAGCAGACCCUGGAGCGCCUGCAUCGCUCCCAGCAGCAGAUCCGCAUCGACAUGGUCGACCUGGAGCAGCCAGGGCUGCUGCUCCCUGACAACCUGGCAGUGAUGGAAGCCCUGGAAGAUGCGCCUGAGCCCUUCUUUGGAGUGAUGGAGCCGCCCUUGCCCAGCCCCCGCUGCAUCCCCCAGAUCCGCCAUCUCCUGGAGGCCCCAACACCCGAGCGGCCUCUCCCACAGCCGCCCUCCUCCCCACUCACAGUGUCACCUGAAGCCAUCACCCUGCGGGAGCCCGAGCCCAUCACCCUGCUGGAGAUUGAGGGUGAGCAAGAUCUGCCCGAGGUGACAGCGCGGGAACUGGCCUUACUGGCACAGCUGGAAGAUGAGGCCCUGCUGCCUCCCCCGCUCCCCGCUGAGCCCCCCAAGGAGCCCGAGGGACUUCCCCAGCCUUCCUCCCCCACCCGGUAA